AUGGUCAGAGUCGCUAUCGCAGGUGCAACGUCAGGUAUUGGUCUCGCGUUCAAGGAACAACUCGACAAGCAAACGUCUCACGAAUACAUCAUCUUGGUCCGGAAACCACUUGAUCACGACCCAAAAGCUGUUUUAGUCGACUACAAUUCAACGGCUGCACUAGCAGACGCUUUGCGCGAACAUGCUAUACAUACGGUCAUCUCCGCUCUUUCAAUCAGCGAUGAAGCAAGUGGCGUAGCACAGCUGAGACUCAUCGAAGCCGCCAACCAGUCUGAGUGCGUGCAGCGCUUCUUGCCUAGUGAAUUCGGUGCUGAUUACCGUGAAGGGAUCUUCGAAUACAUGCCCAGUUAUGGCUUCAAAUUCAAAGCUCGUAAUCUACUCGCCAACCUGAAAAUGGAGUACAGCAUUGUGUCCAUUGGCCUUUUUCUAGACUACUACUGUCCGCCGUCGAUUCCAUCAGCUCUGGAUCCCAAUAAAGGCGCUGCUUUGUUCAUAGAUCUACAGCACAGAUUUGCUGCGAUCCCUGGGGAUGGUAGUCAGCCAAUUGUGCUGACCCAUAGCACUGAUGCGGCCCGUUUUGUCGUGGCAAUGCUCAACCUCCCAUCAUGGUCUCGAGAUUCUUUCUUCGCUGGCGAGCGUACAUCUUUGGUAGAAUUCUUGCAAUGCGCAGAGGAUAUCCUCGACGUCAAAUUCAAGGUUCAUUACGAUGAUCACGAGAAGAUUGAGGCGGGGGAUAUAACAUUGACACCCAAUCUGGCGGAGCGGUUUCCCGCUGAUUUCGCGAAGGGCAUGGUGAAGGGACUCGCGCUCGAGUAUUUGCGAGGCCGUUCAAGCCUCCCACAGGAGAAAUGCAGGAAUGAGAUUCUUUCUGAUGGAAAGAGGCUCGGAAUUCAACAGGUGCUACAUGCGUGGAAGGUGGCAGGGGAGGCCUGA